UAAAUGGACCUACUACAGGAUUCGAAUUCUACCACAUGAUGAUGAGAAUCCGAGACCUUGUGAAGUCCCUACAGUUUUACGUCGAUUUACUAGGCAUGCGGACUGUUUUUAUCAUGAAUGCUGGCCCUUUUACGAUUUAUUACCUCGGCUACACGCAAAUCACAGAGCACCAGGUUGAUAUACAGAGGCUCAGCUAUGACACUUUGACGCCUUUAGUGCAUACGCUGGGGCUCCUAGAGCUGUAUCAUAUCCACGGCACUGAAAACGAGCCUGAGGGGAAUCAUUCCCCCGAAUCUGGGAUUCGGCCAUCUGGGACUCUGGAUUACCUCAAAACAAAUGGCGUUCAGGUUGAGAAGAAUUUACGGGUCGCCACGCGUGCGAGUAUUCCUUUGACGGAAUGGGAGGCUCAGCGAAGAAUUGGCGUAGAUCAUAUCCACCCUGCAUGUCAGAGUAUAUUCAAUCAGAUUAGAUUUGUGAAAAAUUCAGUGAGUAAAGCUUAA